AUGAAUAUUAAAACAGAAGCAUGCAUGGACUUCGAUGAUAAUAUGGCCUGGGGAGACGACCUGGAUGAUGGUAAUGAGGAUGAAAAAGAUAAGACGAAGCGCAAGUCUCGAAAUCAGUCGGAAAAGAAACGUCGAGAUCAGUUCAACAUUCUCAUCAAUGAGUUAAUGACUCUUGUUGCAGGAUCAAACCGUAAAAUGGAUAAAUCGACCGUUCUUCAAGCAACAAUCUCGUUUUUAAAACGUAAUAAGGAAAUGUCCGCGCAGACGUCCCAGCAAAAAGAAGUCACAGAGCAGUGGAAGCCUCCGUACAUUUCCAACGCUGAGUUUUCGCAGUUGAUGCUUGAAAGCCUAGAUGGAUUCUUGAUUGCCAUCUGCAAAAGUGGACAGGUCAUUUAUGUUUCUGAAAACAUCACACCCGUUUUAGGGCACACGCCAGAGACAUUGAUGAACGAGUCUUUCUUUCAAUUUGUCCAUGACGCCGAAAGGAGCGAUAUUUUUGCGAAGCUUUCUCAGGGUCAAGCCCAAGAAUCUUCACAAAAUCAUAUGCUCAAUAACGUCGAGCCUUUCCCAGUUCCCCAGGGGCUAGAAUCGUCCGAAGUACAAUUCUCAUGUCAUUUGAGAAGAGGAAAUCCUGAGAUGGAUUUGAGCAAUGACUUUGAACACUGUAUUCUCAAGGGCACUUUCAGAAGAUUCACUCAAAAUACAUUCUGUGGCCUCAACAGUUUAGUAGACGUAAACACCGAGGACAACACUUGUUUUGUUGGAAUAUGUCGGCUCUCAUCUCCUCUUUACAUCAAAGAUCUUGCAAUCACUGACAAAAACGCCUCUGAAUUCUCCGUUCGCCUGAGUCUGGAAGGAAAAUUUGUACAUGUCGAAGGAAAGAGCUGUUCAGCCUUAGGAUACUCGAGCUUGGAGUUAUUGGGGAAGUCGUAUUUCGAUUUAGUUCAUGUUGAUGAUCUGGAGAAGAUUGAAGAAUCUUUUGGCAAAUUGUUGCAAUGCGGAGAGCUACAAGCACCUCUUUACAGACUGAUGACAAAAGGUCGACAGUGGCUCUGGGUUCAGCCUCGCCUUUAUGUUCAAUACCACCAGUGGAGCCGGAAAGCAGAGUCAAUCAACGUUACCCACUUCGUCGUGACCUAUCAAGACGUCCUUGCUCACCUUUCAAAAGAAAGAAAACGUCGGGAGCGAGAACGCCAAGAAAUAGAACUUGCGGAAUCGAAGACAGUCUCUACUAGUUCAGCAGUCCAAAAUGGACAGAUCAAAUUUGAAAUCAAAGACAUGCAGUUACCAGCAAUCACUAUUGACAGCGUUGGGGAAAAAGUUAGCAUUCCAAAGAUCGGGGAAGAGAGCAACGAGACACCAGAAGAGCAGCUCAAAAAGAUUCAAGAUGAAUCCAAGGAAAAAGAAUCGAGAUUGAUGAAUGUUAUUCAACAGUACGAGGACGAGCUAAAGCGAGUCAAAGAAGAAUUGAACAUCUACCAACGACGAGAUAAGACAAUCGCCAUGAAUCCCAUUCCAAAGCCAGACAAUGGGCACCCAAAAGUUUCAUUGCCUCAUAAAGUGGAACAGCCAGGACCGGCAAGAUUACCGCAUCCAAGUGUUCUCCAACAAAUGCAGCAGCAUGCAAAUGCGCAGAUAAAUCCUCUCAUGGGACAAUUACCUUUUGGUCUGGCUUCAAUGCCAAAUGCACUCAAAACGAGUAUGGGAAUUCCGAUUCCAAAUCUUAAUUCGUUUCAACCAGGUCAAAAUCCAUUAGCUGGGAUGAAUCUUCAAGGACUUGGCGCGUUAGGACCACGACCCGCACAUUUUUCUGAGCAUGGAAGAAGACAACCAAAUGCAGCCGAGCUCGCAUUUUUCCAACAGCAGCAACAGAAUCAACACCCGCAUCAUCCCCAUCAACCUCCUCAAUAA